AUGAGCUGGGACUCCAUGCCAGAAACGUACCGGAUCGACGGCGCGUUCGGGCCGGGGAGUCAGGGGUCGCAGCCGCGGCCGAAACGGGUGCGGACCUCCUUCAAGCAUCAUCAGCUGAGGACGAUGAAGUCCUAUUUCGCCAUCAACCACAACCCGGAUGCCAAGGACCUGAAGCAAUUGUCGCAGAAGACGGGUCUCUCCAAGCGCGUCCUUCAGGUGUGGUUCCAGAAUGCCCGUGCCAAGUGGAGGCGGACGGUGCUCCGACAACAAGGUGGAGCCGGGCCGGAAAGGGCCGAGGAAUCCGGAGCUCUCGCCGACCUGGGCCUGGGCCCGGUCGGACUCGACAGCGGGGCCAGCAUGGACGGUGGACUCAUUUCCAGUGGCGAUGACGGAACACCUCAACCCACGCCCAUUACGGCUCACGAACAAAGUCCCACGCUCUAUGCUGACCUUCCUUGAAGGACUCGCCUUGGAUCAAAGAAAAAAAAAAGAAAAAAAAAGAAAGAGAAAUCACAAGAGGAGGAAUAGAAAGGAAGGAAAAAAGACCAGUGCAGAGACUGAAUGGGGACACGGACUGGUCCGCAGCCAAUGUUCCCGCAAGCACCGACCUCGCCUCCAGCCAACCGGUUAUCAUAAAUCAUAAUUAUGAAUUUCCAGAGUUGAUGAUACGCUCGAAUAGAAAUACGCUGAAGUUGUGAUACCAGAAAGAUUAUGUAUGCUCUCUCUUCUGUUUUCCUGACCUCGUCUUCGUCGUGAAAUGUGCAAGCAUGUGAAGAUAUUCCGGCUCUCGGCAGUGAUUUUCGUUUCCCCCGAUUCAUUGAUUCCAUCGACACACUUAUUCGUGUUUGUUCUAUUCAGACUUCAAUGUCCGUUUCAGAGUAAUUUUAUGAAACUGUACACUUCAUGAGGUCCUGACUGAUUUCUUGCUUGUACAUAAGUGGAGAAUCAAAGGCCUGAUCAGUGUUUCGAUGAGAAAUCGGUGACAUAUCCGCUCGUACUUCAAAAGGAUGGACUUUAUUGCCCCCUCAUUGCCCCCCCCCCCUCAUUUUUUCUUUCUUCAUCUGAAAUUUUUCCUCGCGAGAGAGAAGCAAACGACGCUGAGUCUUCGCCUCCGAAUCUGGAUCCCGCUGUCCCCG